UUCUUGUUUCCACAACGUAGUUCCAAACAUUUCAUCGUUCAGUUGUAAUCGUUCGUGAGAAAAGUACUUGCAUCAUGACUGGUCGUGGAAAGGGAGGAAAAGGAUUGGGAAAGGGAGGAGCAAAGCGUCAUAGAAAAGUUCUUCGUGAUAAUAUUCAGGGUAUCACGAAGCCGGCCAUUCGUCGUCUCGCCCGUCGUGGUGGAGUCAAACGUAUUUCUGGCUUGAUCUACGAAGAAACGCGAGGUGUUCUCAAAGUAUUCUUGGAAAACGUUAUCCGAGAUGCUGUGACUUACACUGAGCACGCUAAAAGGAAAACUGUUACGGCUAUGGACGUCGUCUAUGCUUUGAAACGCCAAGGAAGAACCCUCUACGGUUUUGGUGGUUAAAGUGUCAUUCUUCAUUUUUGUUCAGUAAAAAAAAAAAA